AUGGGUUCAGAACAGAGUUCAGAAGGACUUGACAAUCUCAGAAAUCUGGCGACGAGAUUGACCAGCAUUCAUGAUUCUAAUGCUGAAGAGUUUCAAAGAGCUCCUAUUGUGAUGGUUCCGGGAUUCUCGGGAUGGGGAACACCUCUUUUUGGUGCCGUCAAUUACUGGGGAGGAAUUGAAAACAUUCCCCAGAAAUUGGCGGAAGACGGUCACACAGUGAUUGUAACUCCAAUAGCACCCUUAUCUUCUAAUUGGGAACGUGCCUGUGAACUAUAUGCUCAACUUAUAUCUGGAAGAUUCUCCCGGUAUGACUUUAACACGGGUACAUUUAAUGAUGAUUCUGAGGGGAUCGAAGUGGACUACGGCGACAUAUUUCCCAAAAUACAUGGAUAUCAACGGAUUACAAAGAAGCGAAAACUCCCGAUUAUAUUCACAAAAGAUGACACAAUGAAAUCGGUGCGCUGGGUCUGGAGCGAAAAUAAGCCAGUUCACUUCAUUUGCCAUUCGCAAGGAGGAAAUACCGUCCGCUAUUUGCUCCACCUUAUGGAAUGUGGCUCGCAAAAUUUGACAGAUGCCAGUCGACAUGGACGUGGAUCUCCGGCGCACUCGAAGUACUUCAAUAAGGUUGGACGCAGUAAGUGGGCGAUUUCAGUGUCGACUAUUGGGACGCCGCACAGGGGCUCAACAAUCAUUGAUGCUAUUCAGGAUUGUUUCAAAGCAGCGACUCCUGAAGAAAAGACUAAGCUAAUUGGCCGCCUAUUCGCAACGCUCUCCUUCAGUGAUCCAGAAAACAGAUUCUAUGAUCUGCAACUUGAUCAUUGGGGAAUUAAGAGAGACACAACUGCAGCAGGAAGGGAAUCUUUCCCGCAAAUGCGAGCGAGACUGGAAUCUCCGAUAUAUAACGCUCCGGUGUACCGAUGGCUUCAUGAGGACCACAAUGGACUCUACGAUAAUACCAUUGCUGGGGUCAGAGAUUUGAACAAUUCAACUAUUCCCACCUCAGACAAUAUAUACUACUUCAGUCUGUCCUUCAGCUGCGUGAAGCCAUUUCCAAAAGGCUGGCCAAAAUGGACAUUAAAUUCGCUGAAGUAUUACCCGUUGCGUAUUCGUGAAGUUUCCAAGCCAAUACCAAUCUUCAAUGGUAUCGCUCGAUUAACGGACAAUGCCUUCACCUUUGCCGCAUAUUCUGCUGAGUCUAUAGUAACUCCGUUCCGCGAGGUUAUGUGCUGGGCUACGAACUAUAUUGUGAAUCCCUUUAUCCAGGAAGCCGGCUACAAAGUCAUAUUUCCUGGGCCACCGGAUUAUCUACCAGUACCGAGUGUCUUCCCGCCUAUGCUCCCAACUGCAUAUGCUAUGGGCUGCUACAAUUUAACUGAAUGCCAAGCUAACAUUCUGGGAAAUGAUACACACAACUGGAAGAUCAAUGAUGGCAUCGUUAAUACAGCUUCUAUGAAAGGCCCGCUCAAUCGAAAUGGUGAUCGACGUGGUAACAGUACCAAUGAACUAAUCGCAGAUGCAAGCCAAUUUCCUCACAGUUUAGAUGAAAUAAGAGCGGCCAGAGGAAAGUAUUGGCACUGUGGUACCACGACUGGUCUGGACCAUGCUGAUCAAAUUGGCAUUUUCAUUGAAGAAAACACAGUAAGACUCCAUUCAUAA